AUGCCGCUGUGGUUCACGAUCCUGUGCGUCCCCUUCUACUACCUGGUUCUCACCCUGCUGUCACUGUACUGGAAGACGAUGGUGCCCCUGCGCUACCUGAUGCAAGUCUGCAAGUCUGGAGUCAGCUCCGGGGUGGCCGAUGUGGAGGGCACCCCCGCGAGCGUCCGGGCAUACAACAUGCAGGAAGCGCGGCAGCUGGCCUUCGGCCUGAUGGUGCGCCGGAUGAUCAGCGCGGACUUCCUGGGCAGGAUCGUGUGCAUCCGGUGGAUCUGCAACCGCCUCUUCAUCCUCGGGGGCAUUUUCGUCACCGGCCUGGCGCUGAUGGCCGUGUGGAUUCCAGGCGCGACGGACGUCGGGACCGCCAGCCUGGUCAUCAACGCCAUGUUCGGGAUCAUCGUGGGCGUGGAGGGCAGCCUCAACACGGGGUCCUCGGCGCAGUACCAGCUCAUCGCCAUGAACCGCGUGUACGAGUACACUUCGCUUCCAGAGGAGAGGGAGAGCACCCUGCCGACGGAUUCCACCUUCAGGAGCAUCACGGCCUGCAUCCAGCGGGCCAAGCUGCGCGAGAUGCAGAGCUCCAAGGGGCGCGACGGAGUGGUCAUCUCCGCCAGCCGGGGCAGGUGCACCGAGAAGGAGGAGCUCCUCCACCAGGUGCCAGGCGAGAAGUGCUUCGUGGCGGCGUCGGGUCGGCUGUUGGUCGACCUGGCCCCCAGCUGCAAGCAAUCGCAGCGAGCAGAGAGGCUCUGCGAGCCUGAUCGCGGCAGCUGCCGCAAGCGGAUUGACGCCCGCGUGGAGCUGAUAUUUUGGCGGUGA